AUGUCCUGUUAUGGAUGCUUAACAAAGUUUUCCUUUUUUACUAGAGAACAUUCAUGUCCAAAUUGUGGAUUUUCUUAUUGCUAUAAGUGCCUUAAGGAAAAAGUUAUUAUAGACGAAAAACAUAAAAACGUGUGUCAAAACUGUUACAAAAAAUUAAACAAAAGUCCCGAUCAAAUGGCAUCAACCGAAGCUGAAACCCCAGAUUUGUUGUUAAAGCGCCUUGAAAAAUUAGAAAAUCCGAGCAAACCUCCCAUAACAAUAUUUCGCCACAGCAAUAGAUUAAUGAAUUUGAGAUCUGGCUUAAGCUCACAAGACAAAGAAAUACUUGAACGUUUGGAAAAACUAAGAGCAGAAAGAACGCCCCCCGUUCUACCAGAUGAAAGUGAAAUUAAAAGACGCUUGGCUUUAUUACAGGAUAAAAGCGAAGAAUCAAUUGAAGAUCAAAAACCUCAAUCGGCUACUGGUGGUUCAUCGAAAACCGAAGAAGAACAAGUGAAUGAUUUAUUAAAAAAGUACAUGGAUGAAGCAGGUUUGGAUGCCGAUUUGGAAACGAGGGGUAAUAAAGAGUUCAGUGAAAUUGAAUCCAGAUUAAAAAAGCUUAAUACAUCGGAAAAUACAUCAACAGCACAUUCCCCUAAUCAUGAACCAGAUGAUGGUGAUUCUAUAACUGCAAAAAUAAUUGAAAAAGCAAUCGAAGAAGGAAAGUUGGAAAAAAGAUUACAGUCCACGACGGAAAGCGAUAGUGAGGAUUUAGAUAUAUCGGAUGGCAAUCGUAGUGAAGAAGAACCAGAAUUUCCAUGGUGUAUCAUCUGUAAUGAAAAUGCCACUGUAAAAUGUUUCGGUUGCGAAGGAAAUUUAUACUGUGAUGGUUGUUUCAAACAAGGUCAUGAAUUUUUUAAUAUGGAAGAUCACAAAUUUGUUCCAUUUCCUCCUGAAGAUCCAACAUCUUAA